CACACUGCUGAUUUACUAUAUAUACUGUUUGUAUUUUGUAUUUAGCGACAUUUAUUUAUUUUCCAAGUUGUGUUCAAACAAGGGAACAAAUAUAAAAUAUAUUUGCUCCGUAAUUCCAUAAAACAGUAUAUUUAUACAUAUGUACCUUUGAAAAAGUUUUUGAAACAAUCUCACAACAAUGUCUGAGAGUAGUGCAGCUUCGUCGGAUUCAUCCUCAUGCAGGAGAAGUCCUAGAGAACGUAAAGAUUGUUUAAAACGUGCCUUGGAGCAGACAUUAGUAUUACAGACUUCGAUCAAUAAAUCUACCAUAAAUAAACUUAAUGAAGCUAUAACUGAAGCUGAUAUCAUUGCUACUCAGACAGAUAUACAAGAGAAAGUUUUCAAUCAGCAGGAAGUAGUUAUGGAUUCACUAAUUAUGAUAUCAUCUUCUAAAGUCCUGAAAACUUGCACUGUCUCAUUGACGAAGAAAAUGAAUGACUAUGACUAUACUGACUUUGCACAAAAGCUGGUGAAACAUAUACAAGGAAUGUCAGACAAUCCAGAAUUACCACCGGAUUGGUCGUUUUUGGAGCCAAAAGUAACAACAAUGUUCAAAAGAGUUCCUAAUUGCUCUACAAUUUUAGGUACAUUGGAGCCUUUAGAAAAGAAAGUCAUAGUUAGAAAGAAACCUGAGCAGAGAGUAGCACAGCAAGCUGCAAUGAUAGUGCCUGAGAAACUGGUGCGAGAUGUAAAUACUAACGAUGAGGACAGUGUAGAACGAACCGUGAGAAAGAUUAGAAAAUUAAUCAUAUCCUAUUAUAAGGAAAAACAUGAACCGCUCGAUUUCUUCAAAUUAAUUCUGCCUCCGGACGAUUUUGGAAGGACUGUGAGAAAUAUGCUAUACAUAUCAUUUCUUGUGAAAGACGGAGUAGUGACAGUGAGAAAGGAUGAGAAUGGAAACCUUGUCGUGCAACCAUGUCGCAAGCCAAAAAAUUUGCCGAGAACAGAUACUAGAACAGGUGUUCAGAAUAUUAUUUCCAUAAAUAUGAAAUAUUGGACGAUAUUAAAAGAGACAUACAAAGAAGAAGAACCAAUGAUUGAUUUUGAUGAAAAUAAGUAAUACUAUUGAUAUAGAUUAAUAUAUAUAUUUUCUUUCAUCAAUCUAAAAUUUAUCUCGUUUUUAUAAUCUUCAGAAAAUUGUUUUAAAUGUACUUUUAGUUAUAUAUGUUUAUUAAAAAAAAGAAAAGGAUAAUUCUUCGAUAGUGUUAUAAUUGUAUUACAAUAAUAAUUAAAAUCAGCUGCAAUAAUA